ACCAUAGAUGUCAAAGGCUGAAGCUGCUCCCUUUGCCACAUUAUAACUAGUAGGGGAUCCUCACCGACCAUGGCCACAGCUGCCUCGAAUCCCUACAGCAUUCUCAGUUCCAGCUCCCUGGUCCAUGCGGACUCUGCGGGUAUGCAGCAGGGGAGUCCUUUCCGCAAUCCUCAGAAACUUCUCCAAAGUGAUUACUUGCAGGGAGUUCCCAGCAAUGGGCAUCCCCUCGGGCACCACUGGGUGACCAGUCUGAGCGAUGGGGGCCCGUGGUCCUCUACGCUGGCCACCAGCCCCCUGGAUCAGCAGGACGUGAAGCCUGGGCGUGAAGAUCUGCAACUGGGUGCGAUCAUCCAUCAUCGCUCGCCACACGUAGCUCACCACUCGCCGCACACUAACCAUCCGAACGCCUGGGGAGCGAGCCCAGCUCCAAACGCGUCCAUCACCUCAAGCGGCCAACCCCUCAACGUGUACUCUCAGCCGGGCUUCACCGUAAGUGGCAUGCUGGAGCACGGGGGACUCACCCCACCGCCAGCCGCUGCCUCCACACAGAGCCUGCACCCCGUGCUCCGGGAGCCUCCAGACCACGGUGAGCUGGGUUCACAUCACUGCCAGGACCACUCGGACGAGGAGACACCAACCUCUGAUGAGUUGGAACAGUUCGCCAAACAAUUCAAACAAAGAAGAAUCAAGUUGGGUUUCACACAGGCUGACGUGGGGCUGGCGCUGGGCACACUGUAUGGCAACGUAUUCUCGCAGACCACCAUCUGCAGGUUCGAGGCCUUGCAACUGAGCUUCAAGAAUAUGUGCAAGCUGAAACCCCUGCUGAACAAGUGGCUAGAGGAGGCAGAUUCGUCCACUGGAAGCCCAACAAGCAUUGACAAGAUCGCUGCCCAGGGCCGCAAGCGCAAGAAGCGAACCUCCAUCGAGGUGAGUGUCAAGGGCGUACUGGAAACGCAUUUCCUCAAGUGUCCCAAGCCUGCAGCGCAGGAGAUCUCCUCGCUGGCAGACAGCCUCCAGUUGGAGAAAGAAGUGGUGCGUGUCUGGUUCUGUAAUCGCAGACAAAAAGAGAAAAGAAUGACUCCGCCAGGGGAUCAGCAGCCGCAUGAGGUUUAUUCGCACACGGUGAAGACUGACACGUCGUGCCACGAUCUCUGACUGGAGGAACCGAGGAGGCGGCCGGCCGCACUGGGAGCAGUGCGGGUUCCUUUUCUACUCUCUUCCUUUCAUUAUUUCAUUAUUGCUCUCUCUCUCUAGCUCGCCUUCUUUCUCCCUUUGGUUCUCCCUUUCUCUCUUUCUUUCACCGGGGUUUCUAACUUAUGUUAAGAAAGGAAAAAUACUCGCGUUCAGGCGUCUCAACUCCUAAACACAUGCAGUCCAGGUUGGGAGACCUCAUAUUCCCUGCUGCCUGGGCAAUUUCCUUCCAAUUUCUGCUGAUCAAUACAUAUUGUUUACUCUGAGUAAGAUUUGUUUGGUUGCUCCUCUCUAGGAAGAGCAAGAAGUGGGGUAACCUGCGGGCGGGGGGAUGGGAGGGGGAAGACAGAUGUGUGCCUCUGAAUAACCUUUCAGCGCCUUGGUUAUAGCAGCUGUAUUUCAGGUGAAAUCUGUUUUACAAUAGACUAGUUUUGCAUUUUUUUAAAACUUCUAUAGCGUUUCUAAAUGUCUGCAGUGUUUUACUACAAGCUGUACACAAUAUUUGUGAGAUAAUUUGUAUCUAAUCGACCACUCGACAUUAUUAUUACUAUUAUUAUUAUUAUUAUUCCUUCAUUGAGCUGAUGGUUUUUUAAUUGCUUAUAAGGGGAGGGGAGGCUGAGAAGUGGAGCGAGAAAAAUGGUUACCUCCCCACACACCACUACACACCCGAAAUCUGUAGGAAGAGGAAAGGAUACAAUAGAGAGAGUCGUUGAUG